AUAUAUAAUAAAUCUUUUUAGCGUUGAACAAAAAUUAUCAAAGACUUCGUUCAUUAAUAGUUACCAUCGCAAAAUAUUGUUCAUUCGAGCAAAAGCAGUACUAUAGCUACGAAAAUCAAAAGCAGUACUACGAUUUAUGCAAGUUCCCGCAUUCAUUGAAUUUUUGAAGAAAUCAAAAUGAAACCAGCAUAUUUGGCUCUGAUAGCUCUUGUCAUCACGUGUUUGGUGGUACUAGAAGUUGGAGGUGAAACUACUGAAAGUUCAAAAAACACAACAUAUUCGACUACACCAACUCCGAAUGACUCAGAGACCACAUCGCCCAGUGAUGCGGUCACGACAACCGUUGAGUUCUCCAAUGACACGAAUUCAACCUGGUCACUGAGAGUUGACUGUGGCUCCCAAACAGAGCUGUCGGAAUGUUCUGUAUCUGUGACUGACACGGCUAUGUCUCUCACUGACCGACUGUCUUUCAGCAUUGAAUUCGUGCUCAGAUCUGCGAACGUGUCUAGCCUCGUUAUUUUCGAGAGUGGGGAGUUUGGAGGUAUUGACUGUGGCAGCCUUGCCGGCUACUGUGAGUUCGACUUUCAGGAGGGUUUAGACGACGGCGACUAUUUGCUGCAUUUGGAGAUCGAAAUUGACGAUAUUGGCACAAUUAGAUUACAACACUUCUUC